AUGUAUCUUAUCAACGCUUCGACUUUGCAACUUGAAGAGUUCUAUAGCAAUAUUCCCGAAUAUGCAAUCCUGUCACACACGUGGGGUCACACUAGUGAGGAGGUCCUCUUUCAAGAGAUACGCACCAACUCAUCCGACGUGAAACUGAAAAAAGGGUACAAAAAGAUCGAAUUAUGUGCCAAGCAGUCUAAGAAAGACGGCCUCGACUACUGCUGGGUAGAUACUUGCUGCAUCGAUAAGUCAAGCAGUGCAGAACUCUCAGAAGCUAUCAACUCCAUGUUCUCGUGGUACCGAAACUCGGCCGUCUGCUAUAUAUACCUAGAAGACGUGGUCCAUGAGGAAGAAUCAAAUCAAAUAGAUGAGUCUCUCGGAGAAGCACGGUGGUUCACACGUGGCUGGACACUACAAGAGCUCUUGGCUCCUCGAGUUCGCCAAUUCUUCGAUGCAAACUGGACAAUGAUCGGAGAGAUAUCAAAGAAUCGUUACAGAGAACACCUAGUCAAUGGUUUCUUUCGCAUGGAUAUGACCGCAGAAGAAGAUGGAGAUCCCCAAGAGCUUGAGCGGAUGAGUCUUGCCAGUCAAGUUGCUCAGAUCACUGGAAUUCCCAGAAAGGUCCUUUAUAUCGGCGAUCUUGGCUCCUUCUCAGCUGCCACGAGAAUGUCAUGGGCUGCAAGGCGUGAGACGACUCGCAUCGAAGAUCAGGCAUACUGCUUGCUGGGAAUUUUUGAUGUUCACAUGCCACUCCUCUACGGUGAAGGGAAGAAUGCUUUUAUACGACUGCAAGAGGAGAUUAUCAAGAAGCAGCCCGACCAUACACUAUUUGCAUGGCGUUCUGAGCCAAGCUCGCCAGCUCGAACAUUCAGCGGCCUGCUUGCUCCUUCACCAAGGAAUUUCUACAGCGAUCAAUGCCGUGGAUCAGCCAGGGUGUAA